ACAUUUUGCGAGGAUAAUAAUAAUAAUAAUAAUGGGAAAAGACCAGAAACCGUCUGGUAAAUCGUCGACUUCCUCUUGUGCCGAUCUCAGAAUCGCUUACAACAGUUGCUUCAACAAGUGGGUUUUCUCUCCAUCUGAAUCUGCUUUGUUUGCGCUGUCAAUUUUGAAUCUUUGCUCUCGAUGGUACUCGGAGAAGUUUCUGAAAGGGCAAUGGGAUGAAGAAGAGUGUUGUGCUGUUGACUGGCAAAAGUACAGGAAUUGCCUCUCGGAGCAUUUGGACGAUAAGCUUCUGAGUCGCUUCCUUGAAGCUGAUAGUGUAUUGGAUUCGGGAAAACAGGCUGAUCCCGAGAAAUCCAGCUGACGGCUCUCUUUCACCUUAAUCUUUCUCACCGACAUUCUUCCAUAAGCAUGCUUCCAUUGCUUCACUUAACUAAUGUCAUGUGGGGGAAUUGGAUCUUAUUGAUUAUGUGUUGGAAUUGAGAAAAAGGGAAGCUUGAAUGGUUGAUAUGUACCUUUGCAAGAGGGUUUAGCUAUUAAUGAAUAAGAUCGAUCGUCAAGGGUUUGAUCAAAGUCGGGAGGUGACGUUUUUCAGAUAAACGUCGGAUCAGCCCGUUUGUUAACUGACAGAUAGAUUUGCAUUCUCCCGGUUGGUGUAAAUAUACCGAAACAGAAUCAAUGAAAAUCGCUUGCCUUUCUCAAA